AACAUUUUGGACAGAAUCAAAAUGUCUGCCGACUUUGAAAUGGAGAAGAAGAUCGUUGACUUCUUGAGACAAAAUGGCAAAAGCACAGUUUUAAUCAUUUUUAAAAAAUUCGGACUAAACAGAUCCACCGCGAACCGACAUUUGUACAACCUAGAGAGAUCACAACAGGUGUUUAAGUCUAACAAAACGCCUCCUGUUUGGGAUCUAAUGGAGAAGAAGAUCGAGAUCAAACACACACUCAAACCAGAGCAAAAGUCCCAGACGACAACAAGAGACUCAUGCGGAGAGAUUCAAGAGGAACGUGUGAGGGAUCUGCUGAAAUCAGGAGGUUUAAAAGCCCAUCAAAUCGCCAAAUCACUGAAACAGCCACCAAAAAACACAAAGAAACAGCUGUACAUUAUGGAGAAGGAGGGAAAAGUACAAAAAUGUAUCAAAACCAACAUUUGGACACUGAAUGACGAGGAGAGCAAUGACAGUUACAACCUAGAGAGUUCCUGUUCCAGUGAUCAUAGACUGGGCUCAAAUUCAGGGUUGUCUAAAAGUUUUGAUGUGAUCAUAGAGCUUGGCAAAGGAGGCUUUGGGUGCGUUUAUAAAGUAAAGCAUAAAUUUGAUGGCAAGAUCUACGCCGUAAAGGAAGUCGUCUUAACUGGGAAAGCUGAUUCUGAGGUGAAGGCAUUGGCCAGACUAGAUCACCCAAACAUAGUGCGCUACAUUACAUGUUGGUCAGAUUCUGAGAACUGCACAUCAAACCAAGAAAGAAACAAAGCGUCCAACACAUCACGUUCUUCAUCAGAUGUAGUGACCUUUGACAGAUCCGGAUGUGAAGAGAAUGAUGAUGAUGAUGAUGAUGAUGACGAUGAUGAUGUCAUUGAUGAUGUCACAUCAGGAAUGGCAAGUCUGGGAGUGACAGCAGACACCAGGACGUACUUGUUUAUUCAGAUGGAGUUCUGUGAGGGAGGAACACUGACUGCAUGGAUAAAUGACAGAAAUUAUAAGGAAAUUAAGAGAACCACAAUGGAUAUCCAUCAAAUAUUUUAUGAAAUUAUCAGUGGAGUGGAAUACAUCCAUUCAAACAAUCUCAUCCACAGAGACUUGAAGCCUGAUAACAUAUUGUUCGGCUCUGACGGCCAAGUGAAGAUCGGAGACUUUGGGCUGGUGGUGCAUCAGACCAAUGACAGCGGUGACCCCAUAGAGAGGUCAAACAAAGGAACACCACCAUAUAUGAGUCCUGAGCAGAAAAAUGGGAAGAAUUAUGGUGAAAAGACGGACAUAUUUCCACUUGGACUCGUAUGGUUUGAGAUGCUCUGGAAAAUAUCUACCGGUAGAGAGAGGGCAAAGCUGUGGCCAGAUCUGAGAAAUCAAAGGUUUCCGGAAGGUUUCUGUGACUGUUAUCCGACUGAAAAUAAAUUCAUCAAGGAGAUGCUGUCCUUUACACCGGAGGACAGGCCACAAGCACAACACAUCAAAGAAAAACUUGAGUUGUUUUUCUCUCUGGAUCAGAACCUGUUAAGCCAGAAAACAAUAUGAGUU